GCUCUCGGAGCCGGAGCGCAGAGCCCCGGCCAGGCGCGCAGAGGUCCGGCGGGCCCGGACCGCGCAGGUUCAUAAUUUGGGUGCAGAUCCUUUUCCUGUUACAGAGCAGAGCCUGACAACCACAUCAUCAUUCAUAAGGUCACAAGGCCACUGGAGACGAUGAGACAUUUCUACACUGGUCCCCUGACAUAUGAGUGCGGCCUGCCCAGUUCAGAGAGCACCAUGCUGCUCCUCUGUCACACUCUGACGGUGGCUGUUAUCCAGAUCUUUGUCUUCUCAGAAAACCCAGCAUUUGCCAAGAAUAUCAACUUCUACAAUGUGAGGCCACCUCUGGACCCCACACCGUUUCCAAGCAGCUUCAAGUGCUUUACUUGUGAGAAUGCAGUGGAUAAUUACAACUGCAAUCGCUGGGCAGAAGACAGAUGGUGUCCUCAAAAUACACAGUAUUGUUUGACAGUUCAUCACUUCACCAGCCAUGGAAGAAGUACAUCCAUCACCAAAAAGUGUGCAUCUAAAAAUGAAUGUCAUUUUGUUGGGUGCCGCCACAGCCAAGAUUCUGAACACACGGAGUGCAGGUCUUGCUGUGAAGGAAUGAUUUGCAAUGUAGAAUUGCCCACCAACCACACGAAUGCAGUUUUUGCUGUAAUGCACGCUCAGAGAACAUCUGGCAGCAGUGCCCCUGUGCCCUACCUACCAGUGCUUGCCUGGGUUUUCAUGUUUCCAUUGCUAUGACGUCAUCAUUCCUAAAACAGGCAGAGACCAGCCCUCAAAGGCACAGGGCAGAAACGAAGCCCAUCUUGCACUUGCUAGAAAGGAUACAUUGGACCCCAAAGCAGAAGCCAGUGAUUUGCUUUGCUAAAAUGCUCCUGCAUGGGAUCAUAGCACUAAGGAUCGGGACUGGGUAGGGACCAAGAGGACUGCCUAACUUCCAGCUUCCUGGCCAAAGGAAGCUGCAUUCUGUCAGCUCUACAGGGAGGAUCCUGCCAAUAUUUUGAUAGUUUAUAACAGCCUCAUGAGUCCUGACUUGACCAGCCCUUUCCCUUUUUGACUCUGUUAACUCCGUCAGAGGCUGCUGGGUCAGACUCUCUGGAUUCUGUGAGUAGCUCAGAGCGUCUCUGUGAAGCCUAACCCUGCCACCAUGAGAAAGCGGUUUCUCUACUGUGCUCUCAUCCCAUCGCUAUACCAAAUAUCUGGGAUCAUCAAGAGAAAAGUUUUGUUUUGGCUCCCAGUUUUGGAGAUUUCAGUACAUACUCAGCCCUGUUGGUUUUGGGCUUGUGGUUUUGUGGCACACUGUGGAGAAGAGUGUGUUGGAGGACAGUAGUUGCUUACUCGUGAUGGAGACUUGGAAGCACGAGGGAUGGAUGGAGGAGAGAGAGAGAGAAGAGAGAGAAAGAAAAAAGAGCAGAGCCCACAGUCCUCUCCAAGGCUAUCCUCCCAAUGAUCUGAAACCUCCCAGUAGUCCCUACUUCCUAAAGGCUUCACCACCUCCUAAGAUCAUCAUAGCUUGGGGACCAAGCCUUUGAAUAUGGGGACGUUCCAGAGCUAAACCUUAGCUGCCACCAACAGCUUAGUCAAUGACAAAGGCAAGUGUAAGAAGAAAAUUUCAAGCUGAAAUAAUAUGAAAUUCAGUUACCAACUGUGAUAUGGGUUGGGGGAAUAAAACUUUCAGUUCUACAGUGUAAAUGCAUGCUGUGUGUUCUUGACUGAUGUGGGGCCUCUGAUGACGCAGGCUUUCCAGUAUUACUGAAUCUGUGUUUCCAUGCACUGUGGGUAAUCAGUGACGGCUUAAAGAAUAAAAUUGUAUGCCAAGAAA